GGCUGUGAGAGAACGGCGGCGUGGGAUUGGCUAUGCUGUGAACGCUUCAUGGCGGUCUCUUCUUAGAUCCUGCGUCUUGCAGGCUCCUGAGAGGCUUGAUUGCUUACAAGAAGAAUUCAGAAGCCCAAAAGCAUUGAGGAUGAAUCCUGGAAGAUGUGAGACUCUGGAUGACCUGCCUGACCUCUACACUAUCUUCAGAGGAGAGGUUGUUACAGUGACAGAAUAUGGAGCCUUUAUUAAAAUUCCAGGCUGCAAAAAGCAAGGCCUGGUCCAUCGAACCCACAUGUCAUCCUGUCGAGUGGACAAGCCCUCGGAGAUAGUGGAUGUCGGUGACAAAGUGUGGGUGAAGCUUAUCGGCCGGGAGAUGAAAGAUGACAAGGUUAAGCUGUCCCUUUCCAUGAAAGUUGUCAACCAAGGGACUGGAAAAGACCUUGACCCCAACAACAUCAUUACUGACCAAGAAGAAAGGCGGAAGAGGUCCUUCAAGGAUUAUACAGGGCAGAAGAUUAUACUCGAGGCUGUCCUGAACACAACUUGCAAGAAAUGUGGCUGCAAAGGUCAUUUUGCCAAGGACUGUUUCAUGCAACCAGGAGGCACCAAAUACAGCCUAGUACCUGAAGAGGAGGAAGAAGAAACGGCAGAAACUGAGGGAGGGGAGAAAUCUGUACAAAUGGAAAAUACUUCCCGGAAAAGAAAGAAGGAAAAGAAAAAGAAAAAGAAACACAAGAGCAGGAGGGCGUCCUCAUCCAGUAGCUCAGACUCUGACAGCGAGGGUCCAUCGGCCAGCAAGAAGUCGAGACACAUGACAAAGGACAGCAAGAGGAAGAAAAAAAAGCACAGGAAGAAGAGCCAGGAGUAAAGGGUGGACUCCUUGCCCUCCAAGGGAGCCUUCUUCAGCAGUACCCUGACUAAACUUUGGCUAAUGUGCCCUCCCCCACCCUACCACUGAGGGCUGUAUCCUCUACAAACUAGUCUUGCUUGCUACGGGGAUGUCAGGACAGCUUCCUGACCCAGCAAGCCUUGUUAACCCCUGAAGCUAACAUUUUUCUUUUGUCCAAUUCCUCUGGCCUAGCCUCAAGAUUUGAGGGCUAGCUGUAGACUCCUGGCCAUGGACACUGCUGCAGGGAGAGAUGUGCUUUUUAACCCAUGGUUAGAGCACAGGUAGCCACCUCCAGCUGAGCCAGUCAGCUCUUCUGCCUCCAAACCAGAGCCAGAGGGCUUCUUCUUGAUACCAGGCAGACAAGUCCCCUUUUGUGCUCAUAUUCCCUCAACAGCAGCAGGUCACACAGUACCAGCUUAGCCAGAUUCUGGGAAGAAACUGCAAGGAUUCAGAACUUGUGGUCUCAUCCCCUUAGGUGAUUAAACAUACAGGGCUAUAGUUCAGCACUCACUGAUGGUGGGGUGAGUGGCCGAGAGUCAUGACUUCUUAAUUUCCUCUCUCCAUUGGCAGCACUGGAAUCUUUAGCUUGGCGAUUUAACAUCUCCUGGACUGGGUAUCAUGCCCCCACCUCCCACUUCUUUACAAUAUCUGCUUAUAGGGAGGCUGAAGCUGAUUGAUCAUGUGAUCUCUGAAAUUUCUGAGCUGCAGAAGGUCCCAGCCAGUCGGGUAUUCACAAUGUCAGGUACCAAUGUGGGGAGCCCCAUGGUCACCAGGCUGCCUAAGGAAGUGAGCCCAACCAAGUUGGAAAUGAGCUCCUGUGUUUAUCAAUAGUUGGAUUGGGCCCACCAGUGGCUGCUGCAUUCCCAGUUUAGGCAAGAUCUCCCAAACAAAACAAAACCUUAAAAAACAAUUUUUGAAGGUAAAGAGUUUUCUAAAAAGCUAGGUAAUUUACAGGGUCUGCCCUGCCAGAUGUUGGUCCUUCCAUGAAGAUUUCUUCAGGGAGUUUUAGCAGGUCCCUGUCCCACAACCAACUUUCAUAGGAUUCCCCAACAAGUUUCCCCUUUAAUUAUCAAACAGCUUCCAUUCUCUGGAGGUGUGUGGUAGGUGUGCAGAGGAAAGAUGCCAGUAGUGAGUCUUGCCAGUGCACACAAAAGCCAAAAUCAAAACUCUUAAAUAGAGUCUGCACCCCCUGCCCCCCCAACCAUGUAAGCAUUGCCCAGGGAAGGUGGCUGAGAUCAGAGCCUUCUGUUAACACAUCCCUAUGAAGUCUGAGCCCUCAAGGCAGAGGCCACAGUCAUUGUUCAUGUCUCUCCACCCACCAGUGAAAUAGAAGGCGAAUAAAGCCAGGUCCAGCCAUGAGCAUCCUGCACUAAGGAUGAAGGAUCUGAUACAAGGCUUGGAGCUAAGCCUGCUAUCCUGGCAUAAGCCAGUCUGAAAAGCCUCAAGGGGAUACAGUUCCUGCCUGGACCAGUGGAUGAACAUUUGAUAAUGAGCAGAUUCCAGUUCAAUGUACAGAAAAGCUUCUGAGCACCAUCCCAGAAUACAGUGGACUGCUCGGGCAGGUCUGUCUCCAGACAUUGUCCCUUGUUGGGGGUGCAGAGGAACUUCCCAGUGUGGAAGCCCCUUUCAUCUAAGACUCUGUGAUGAGGUAAAGAAAGGGUAAGCAGUGAAGGAAAGGAAAGGGCUAUAGAUAGGGAAAAAACAGAAGAAUGCUUUCUCCUUGGGCCUGUCUCUUAGUGGUCUUGCUUCAGCUGCAUCGGGCUUGGAAUCUUGUCUUCAGACCAACUUGGCCAAAGUCUGACUCGGGCCGCAAGAGCCUCUCUGGUCAUGACAGGCCUUGCUCAUGGAACCCUCCCCAUUCCCCCAACCCCCACAACAAAGGCAGUAAAGCAGCUGCUGUAUCUGAA